UCCCGCAACAAAAUACUGAACUAUGAUUGGAUGUUUCACUAUGUGACACGUUUUUUUCUACAUGGUGUGGUGUGAUGUCAUCUUCAUGCGACAAAACAUCGACCAGCCAACAACAAAAUCAGUAGUUCUGUUGUAAAGUAACUAUGUAACAUGAAUGUGAUAGUGAAUAGCCAUACUUUAGAUUUUCCGUAUUCACCCGGAGAUGGCAACGAAAACACUACAAGACAUGGUGCUCGCAGCUUCUUCUUUGCAUAGUGGCAAAAUAGCUGUCACAUUUGACAAGGGAAUAACAGAAGGAGGUCCCAUGUUGCUUUAUUACCACGAACUUGUUGCUCUUGGAAAUGAAUUAACACUUUUUCUACAGAUACAGUGUGUGCAAAAUACAAGAGAAAUUGCAUUAUAUUGUCAGCCAGAUAUCAACCUUCCUGUGUGGAUUCUGGGCAUCCUCCAGUUACCUGCUGCGUAUGUACCACUGGACCCAGAUGCGCCAGCACUCUUGUCUGCCCGUGUCAUGAAGCAGUGUGGGCUGAAGUACUGUGUUCUACAGAGUGACCUGUUGCAGCAAUUCCAGAUGGCAUUUUCCAACCUCAUGUCUAUAGAGGUGUGUGCAGUGUGGUCUGCUCACAACCUGACCCUCGUACUAGUACAGCACAUACCAACUGCAGCCCGUAAAGAAGAGCCGAAUGCUGACCUUUUUACUCUUGCUGCAGUUCCAGAGAGUGCCAGCCAGGGGGCACUGGCAUAUAUAUUACACACAUCUGGAACCACAGGGCUUCCCAAGACCGUGAGGGUACCACAUAAGUGUAUAGUGCCCAAUAUACUGCACCUCCGAUCUCUGUUUCAGAUGACACCAGAUGAUGUGGUGUUCCUGGCCUCUCCCCUGACUUUUGACCCUUCAGUGGUGGAGAUAUUUUUGGCGUUGUCAUCAGGGGCACGUCUCCUCAUCGUCCCCACUGCGAUUAAGAGAAUGCCCAACAGACUGGCUCAUGUGCUGUUUAAGAAACACAAAACGACCGUCUUACAGGUGACGCCCACUCUGCUUGGGCGUUUUGGAAGGCGUGUCCUACAGGAAGAGGUCCUCUCUGCUGGCUCUUCUCUGCGUGUGUUAGCCCUAGGGGGCGAGGCCUGUCCCUCCCUAGCCCUGCUCCGUAGCUGGAGGCAGCAGGGGAACUGCACUCACAUCUACAACAUCUACGGCAUCACUGAGGUUUCCUGCUGGGCCUGCUGCUACCACUUACCAGAGAGCCUCCUGCAGUCUACUGACGUGGCUGAAUCCUCUGUGCCGCUGGGUCCUCCCCUGAUGGAGACCACCGUGGAGCUAAGAGAUGAGGAUGGCUGCGUCAUCACUCAGGGGGAAGGACAGGUGUUUAUAGGUGGGAUGGACAGGGUGUGCCUUCUAGAUGACGAGGUGAAUGUUGCUCCUGGUACAAUGCGGUCCACAGGAGACUGGGUGCAGAUUAGAGACACACAUCUCUACUUCCUCGGGAGGCGGGACCGACUGGUCAAACGCCAUGGACAGCGGCUGCAUCUGGACACCUUACAGCAAGUUGUAAUGAGUCUACCCCAGGUGGAGGCAUGUGCUGUGGGUCUGUAUGAGGGGUCUCGGCUGGUGGCCUUUGUCGUAGCCUGCUCUACGUCUGGAGAACAAAAGGCAACCCAUUCCUCCUCCCCUGUAGAGCACCAGGUAGAGCAUCUUGAAGAGACUGCCCCCUCAACUAGAGGCCUACAGAAGGCCAUCCUCCACAGGUUGUCUCAGGUCCUACCCAGUCACAGUGUUCCAGACACCCUAGUCCUGGUCCCGGCCCUACCACUAUCCUCACAUGGGAAAGUGUCUAUGGGUGAACUUAUGAAGAUCUACCAGAGACAGAGUGCAGGUUCAGAGUCCCAUAGUGCACUGGGGGACAUGGAGACACUGAGAGAGAGACUCCAGUCUCUGUGGAGGGAGACUUUAGGUCUAAUGGAGGAUGAAGCCAUCCAGGAGGACUCCAACUUCCUGUUAAGUGGAGGCGACUCUCUGCAGGCCCUGCGUCUCUGUAAUGACAUCACCACUGCCGUUGGAGUGACCUCAUCAGGGCUUCUGGAGGUUAUCCUGGACGGAUCCUUCUCAGAAAUACUGCGCCAUGUUGCCAUAGCAACACUGCCUUUCCCAUCUGAGCACAGCCGGACAUCCCAUCCUGUGUCCAUGAAACGCCCAGCAGACCCUGUCUCCUCAGCACAGCCCAAGAGACAGCAUACAGACCCCUACUCUACAACAGCUGCAGAAUGGCCUCUGGGAGUUGUAGUUUCUUCUUUGAAGAAGGCUGUAAGAUGUACAGUGGUAAGGAGAGCAGGGGAGGUUGUAGAAAUGGGUCAGUCAGACUCUUUGAGGACCAAUGAAAACUCCUACUCAGACUCAGAGGGACCAAUCAAAAGAACGAGAAAUACACAGAAAAAAGGAGCCAAUGAUCCCAGUGCUAGCAGUGUUACCCCUCCCUCCAGAGAGGCUGGUGGUCUGGGACUGGUGGUGAGCUGGGAGUCAGACACAGGGAGGUGUGUAGACGCCUCUCCAGUCCUGCUGGUCCAGAGAGGAGCGGACGGGUCCUCAGGAGGCACCAGGGCCACAGUGUUCAUUGGCUCCCAUUCCCACAGGAUGCAGGCCCUGGACCUGACCACCGGGGGUCUGCUGUGGGAAAGGGUUUUAGGGGACAGGAUCGAGUCCUCUUCUGCUGUGUCCCGAUGUGGAAGACUCGUCGUGGUUGGGUGCUAUGAUGGUGGUGUGUAUUUCCUGUGUGUGGAGUCUGGGGAGACACAGUGGGUGUUUGAGACUGGAGACACAGUGAAGAGCUGUCCUACUGUGGACCCUCUCACAGGCCUAGUGAUGGUGGGGUCGCAUGAUGGCCACGUCUAUGCCCUCGACCCACAGGUUCGGCAGUGUGUUUGGAAGCGCCACUGUGGGUGUGGGGCGGUGUUCUCCUCGCCCUGUCUCCACCCCUCUCUCAGGCAGCUGUAUGUAGCCACCCUCGGAGGACAUCUCCUCUGUCUCAAUCCUGACACUGGUGCUGUCCUGUGGACAUAUUCCAGGAAGACUCCAUUCUUCUCCUCACCAAGUUGCUCCUCGGGUCACAUCAUCAUCGGCUCUGUGGAUGGAAACAUCUGCUGCUUCAGCCACACAGGGGAAAUGGUCUGGCAGUAUGUGACCAAUGGACCAGUUUUCUCAUCCCCCUGCAUCACACCAGACAAGCAGAGGGUUGUGUGUGGGUCACAUGACGGGUGUGUGUACUGUCUGAACUGUACUGACGGCUCAUUGGUGUGGCGCUAUCAGACCCCCAGCAGGGUGUACUCCAGCCCCUGUGUGUUUGACGGGUCAGCCUGGGGUAAGGAGGGUACAUUGGUAGGCCUGGCCUCCACAGACGGGACCCUGUGCAUUCUGGAUGGAGAGGAUGGGACCUUGAGAGCAUCUCUCUCUCUGCUCGGGGAGCUGUUCUCCUCUCCUGUGGUGUGGGAGCGCUCCCUGGUGGUGGGAUGUCGCAAUGACUUUGUGUAUUGUGUGGCGCCGACAGGGGAGCUCAAAUAGAUUCCUGAGAUAUGAUAUCGUGUUUUUGUACCCUCUUAUAAUAUUAAAGAAUAAGAUCGGAAACAAA